CAACAUUUCUUCUAUUUAUAUGGUUUUUAUGCCAUAUUAUUAAAAACCACUGCUUUUUUAGAUUCCAACAAUAAUGGAAGAAUCAGUAGAAGAUAUUGUUCACAAAUGGCUUAGCCAACACAAAGAAGGCUCUCUGAACAAUCGAAGCUUCAGAGACUACUGGAGAAGAACUGUCCCUUUAAUAUAUGCCCCGCAGCCAAACUUCAAUCCCAUGCACAUAGAGGAGCAGGAGGAACAGUCAACUAAGCUGCUCACUGACCCACUGCAUCAAUUUAUUGCUGGCUCAUCAACUCCUGACAAAGUUUAUAAUUCUAUUAGAGAACUUGAUGCUGCUCCUGCCCUUUGCGGAUAUGUGUUUAAUGCUGGGGAGCCCACCUAUGGCUGUCGAGACUGUGGAUUUGACCCAACCUGUGUUCUCUGCUCUGAUUGCUUCAAAGCAUCACCUCACACAAAACACAGGUACAAAAUGAGCACUUCAUCUGGGGGCGGCUACUGUGAUUGUGGCGACACAGAAGCCUGGCGAUCUGAUGCUUUCUGCAGCGUGCAUGCUAAAGGCACGCAAGGAAUUUGCAUGAGCUCUCACAAGCAGCUGGACCCAGAUCUGGUGUCACGUAUCCAAAUAGUAAUGGAGUGCAUCAUUGACUACGUGAGGGACAUGCUCACCCUCAGUGAAGGUCUCUCGCUGCCCUCGGAUCUGGAACUGCCAGAUGCUGAACCCACCCGCAACCCCAACCUUUACAAGAUGAUGGACGUCUACUGCGCUGUGCUCUACAAUGAUGAGAGCCACACUUAUGAUCAGGUGAUCGCUGCUCUGGAACGCGCCAUCAAGUGCACAAAGAAGGAGGCGGUGACAUUUGUGACGUUCAUAGACCGCGAGGGGCGCUGCGUUAUUCGGUGCAGUGGCUUCCAAGCGUGCCAGCAGGUCAAGUCUGCUAUGGACAGAAUGGCCAUCUCACAAGCAUCUAAACCCUUUAUUGUUAAGAUUUUCCGGUCCCACAUCCAAGCCCACCAGUCGUUUGCCUCUCAGCUCCUGGUGUGGCUCGACAAACUCCUUGAGAAAGGCAAUGCUAUCAAAGCCAUUUUUUCUGAGGUCAUCUUCAGCUGCCCUUCAGGAGACAACAUGACCAUGUUGGAGCGGAUCAUGUGGACUGACAACGAACUGUGCAAAGCAACGCGCAUCCAGUGGCAUAAGCUCUUCAUUUCCGGGCUUUUGAUGGACUUUGAAACCAAGAAGCGCUUUGCUAGGCUCUUCACGAAGCACUACAGCAAAAUGAUGAAGACGUUCAUAGCAGACGACCACGAGCACUCGGUGUGCAUCGUAUCACUGGGAGUGCAGCUCUUCACCAUGCCCACCAUCGCUCAUAUGCUCAUCGCAGAGGAGGCCGUCAUCGCCAAGCUUAUCCUCACCUUCAUCACCGAGUGCACCACACGCAUCAAAAAUGGCAAGCUCUUCCCUCUGAGCCAAAAUGCAAACUUGAGCAACCUGGAGCAGGGUAGCAUGACGCCCACAGAGUUCCGACGCGUGCAGUUCAUCCUCUUCGACCUCAAGUACCUGCUGGGGAUGACGCCUCUCACAUGGACGGACCAGCUCAGAAAGGGCUUUCUGCAUGGCUUCAAUCAGAUCAUCAAACUCUUUUGCAUGAUGCAGAACAUGGACCCCGUGACCCGCAAGGAAGGCUCGCACGUAGAGUUUGAGCAGGAAUGGGAGGGUUCGUUCAACCUGCACAUUAAGAUGUCUCCAAUUCUCCCCCAAAUCGUCGACUGGGCCUCGUCCGACCGCGUGGUGCUCAUCAAGGCUAUGAGGAUGCUGCUGAAGGCGCUCAAUGAGCACGGCUGCGAAGGUCUGCAGAAGCGCUUCAUGCGGGAGGCGGCAGGCCACACGGUCUGCUGCAUCGAGUACGACGUCAGCAAGAGCCCCGUGUCCAUGCACAUCGUCCUCACGAGGCUCUGUGGCUCCUUGGCUGUACAGCUCCAGCGCUAUGACCUCUCCUACAACUCCCCAGAGUUCCCUACCAAAGACAAGCCUUCACUCAAAGAGUUCAUCGAACCUUCCUUGCGAACACUGGUCAUGGUAUCUCAGUGCAAAGCAGGGAUGUGGCGUCGCAACGGCAUGGCCCUGACGAACCAGACGUACUUCUACCGCAAUGUGCGUUGCCGUCAGGAGAUGAUGGACAAAGAUGUUUUGGUGCUGCAGAACGCAGCCGCCCUCAUGCCCCCUGACGACUUCCUCAUCUCCUUACUUAACCGCUUCAACCUCAUGAGCUGGCAGCGUCCUGACUACGAGACCACGUACCUCUGGAGCCGCGACGACGACAACAUCCGCCAGACGGUGGUCAUCCUGGAGGAGUUCUGCCAGCUCCUCCUCUACAUCGUGGCCGAGCGCUACGUCGUGGGUGUGGCGCAGGUGGAGGCGAGCGACGUGACGAAGCACGAGGUGAUCCACUUGCUGUGCGUGCAGAACAUGACGCACUCGAGCAUCAACAAGCAGCUGCCUGAGGGCACCAACCACGAGACUGGCAUGGAACAGAUAAUUGAUGAUAUUGCGGACUUCAAGAAGGCGUCUGGCGAGGUCAAAGGCUACUAUGAGCUCAAAACAAAGUUCUACGACAUGUACAACAUCUUCUUCUAUCACUACUCCAAGGAGGAACAAAGCAAGUCUGAGGUGGAGCACCGCGAGCGCUGCAAGAAGCUGGGCAGGGAGGUGUGCUGCCCCCCUCCUCCCGUGCCUCCCUUCACCCCCGCCUUUGCCCCCAUCAGGAAUAUCUUCAACUGCGCCGUCUUCAGGCACCUCUUACAUGAAGUCUUUUCCAGAUGGAGCGACGAGCGCAGCAAGAGCGUGACAGAGACGAGCGUGCAGGUGUGCUUGCACCUGCUGGGCGUCGCCUGCUACGAGGAGCUCCACACUCCAGGCUUCCUCACCAACCCAGGCGAGCUGCGACAAGUGCUCCAGCUGCUCCAGGCCAACAACUCCACUGCCUCCCUCCUGUCCCUCAUCGCCUGGACCAGGAGGAAACUGGAAGAGGCGUUCCCGGAGAAGGAAAAGCCCGCUGGCAGCGUCGACGUGGCUGCUGACAGCGUCACGUCCAUCGCUGACGCCGCUGUCAACGCAGCCGCUGACACUGAAGAGCUCGACGAGAAGCAGAGGAAAGCCAAAGCCUCGCAGGAACGCAAGCAGAAAAUUCUCAACAAGAUGGCUAAAAUGCAGAAGAACUUCGUCAAAAGUCAUAAAGCUCUAUUUUCAGAGGAGAGCACGGUGGAAGACAGGCCCUCGGAGAGCGAGGUGGAGCAGAUGGAGGUGUGUGACCUCAUGCCUGACGAGAUGGUGGCUCUCGGUCCUAAACAAACGCUCCCUCAUAGCACCAGCUUCAGUCAGACGUGCAUCGUGUGUCACAUGGACGAGAGCAUGUGCCAGGGUGCGGCAGGCAGCGACGAGAGCAAGAACCUGCUGGUUGUGGGGGUGAUGGUGCAGCCGAGCACCGUGCUGGCGAGGCGGCGUCGCGAAUUCAACACUCUAGACCAGCCCUUGUACCUGCCGGCAGACCUACACAGGGGCAUACACGUGUCCUCUUGUGGCCACCCAAUGCACGUGCAUUGCUGGAAGCUCUACUACAUCAAAGUUAUCCAGAAGGAACAGCGCAGGAACUACAGGAUGCGUCAAGGCACGAACAUCGACGUGGAGCGUUCCGAGUAUCUGUGUCCUUUGUGCGAGUGUAUCUGUAACGACGCCGUGCCGCUGCUACCACCACCAACACAGCCUCUCUUCGGGGGCAGCAUUACUCAGGGAGACAUCUUGGUGACGCCCCAGCAAUGGCUGCAUGGUCUUCACGUCAUCCAUACAAAUAAGGUGGCCCGGACCGUGCACGCGAGUGCCCCAGAAUUGAGCGACAGCCUCAGCGACGAGGAAGACAGCACCGCCGUUGCGGGCGUGUGGUUGCCGCCCGACCUACCGUCCGUCACCAGUCGCCUCACCUCUGACAUGAACUCUUCCUGCGCUGCUUCCAAUUUCUUAAAGAUGUUCACUUCUGAGUACAACACAACCAUGUCGAACCUGCUACCGACCUCUGACCAAGUCAUGUGGGACUUCGCUCACUCAAUAUUCAGACAUGGGCUGGACCAGAACCCAAACCUGGCCGACGAGCGCAUCCUGGGCUGCACGCUGGCGAGUUUGGCGUACACUAUCCGUAGCCACGAGGAGGUGCAACGCUACGAAGGCCGCGCUCUGCUCACCGGCAUCAGCAGCCGCCAGCAUCUUUUCCUGUCCUCUCUGACGGCCACUGCCGCCUACAUACCCUCCAACCAAUGCUCCAAGCAGAUGCCACAGGUGUCGACUAGCGCUGCGGUGUGCGUGCUGAGGGACGUGUUGGGCGCCAGCAGCGUGACUCUACUGGAGAUGGACUGCUUCAGCGCCGCAGUGUCCCUCGUGCUGCUCCUGCCCGGCAUCUUCUCCCCCACACACGCCACGGCUAAGGGCGGCUUGCAGGACCAGUAUGUGCUGCAGCUCUGCUUCUUGGGCCACAUCGUGCAGCUGCUGCUCACCUACGACCGCACGUUCCCUGAGGACCAGACCCCCAUGGAGGACACGGAUGAGGUGCAGGAGGCCGUGCUGGGCUCGUGGGUGGCUGCUGAGGAGGAGGACCCGAUGGACAAAGAGUGUGAGGACUCAAGCGGGUCUGAGCACGACGCCUCGUGGCUGCUAGCGCUCUUCCAUCAGAGCCGUGAUGCCGUCGGCCUGCCGCCGCUACACGUCAACGCGGCGACGCUCCUCGCGCACAUCAAAGAAAGAUGCCUGCCGUUCCUGCGUUGCGCGGGCCUGUUCUUCCACCUGCUGACGGGCUGCGCGGCUCCAGCCGAGCUGAGCUCGUCCGUGUGGGUGCCUGAGUCUGAGUACUACUGCCUGCUGCGCUACCUCGGUCUGUCCACCUCCCUCGCACAGUCGCUGCAGCCUUUUGCGUCAGUCGUCAAAGUGUGGCUAGCGCACCCAAGGCUGCUGAAGUGCCUCAAGGUUCCCACGUUUGACGGCGACCGCGCUCUGACAGUGAACAAGCUCUACCCGCUACUCAAGGACUACUCGGAGUUCAUAAGCGAGGUGGCGAGCUUCGCGUGCCCUUCGUCGACGGUGGGAGAGAAGUCGAGCACUCCGACGAUAUGUCUUGUGUGCGGCACCAUGAUGUGUUCACAGACGUACUGCUGCCAGACGGAGCUGCCGGAUGCGACCAAGCAGAUGGUGGGUGCCACGACCGCCCACGCGCACACGUGCUGCGCAGGCUCCGGCAUGUUCCUAAGAGUCUGGGACUGCACGGUCAUCUUCAGGACCGGCAAAUAUAAAGGCUGCUACUUCACACCGCCAUACCUGGACCAGUAUGGAGAGGCGGACAUGGGCCUGCGUCGCGGCAACCCGCUUUUCUUGAACGCUGAGAGCUACAGUCGCCUGCACGCCAAGUGGCUGCAGCACCUCAUCCCCGAGACCGUGUCCCGCACCUUAGCUGCUGCCAGCACACACGUGUUCAGCAUCGACUGGCAACAUGUGUGAGCUACGUCACGUCUUCAGUGGAGACUGGCAGCACGUGUGAGCUACGGCACGUCUUCAGUGAAGACUGGCAGCACGUGUGAGCUACGGCACGUCUUCAGUGAAGACUGGCAGCACGUGUGAGCUACGCUACGUCUUCAGUGGAGACUGGCAACACGUGUGAGCUACGCCACGUCUUCAGUGAAGACUGGCAACACGUGUGAGCUACGCCACGUCUUCAGUGAAGACUGGCAGCACGUGUGAGCUACGGCACGUCUUCAGUGGAGACUGGCAGCACGUGUGAGCUACGCUACGUCUUCAGUGAAGACUGGCAACACGUGUGAGCUACGCCACGUCUUCAGUGAAGACUGGCAGCACAUGUGAGCUACGGCACGUCUUCAGUGAAGACUGGCAGCACAUGUGAGCUACGUCACGUCUUCAGUGGAGACUGGCAGCACGUGUGAGCUACGCCACGUCUUCAGUGAAGACUGGCAGCACAUGUGAGCUACGGCACGUCUUCAGUGGAGACUGGCAACAUGUGUGAGCUACGGCACGUCUUCAGUGAAGACUGGCAGCACGUGUGAGCUACGGCACGUCUUCAGUAAAGACUGGCAGCACGUGUGAGCUACGCCACGUCUUUAGUGAAGACUGGCAACACGUGUGAGCUACGCCACGUCUUCAGUGGAGAGUGGCAACACGUGUGAGCUACGCCACGUCUUCAGUGGAGACUGGCAACACGUGUGAGCUACGGCACGUCUUCAGUGGAGACUGGCAACACGUGUGAGCUACGGCACGUCCUCAGUGGAGACUGGCAACACGUGUGAGCUACGCCACGUCUUCAGUGGAGACUGGCAACACGUGUGAGCUACGCCACGUCUUCAGUGAAGACUGGCAGCACGUGUGAGCCGUGACCAUCGCGUACAGCCCAUAGUCGUCCGACCUGUGCUUGAAUCAUGUUACAGGAGGGGGUCAUAUUUACGGCUGAGAGCUCGGCCGCAAAACGUGUUCUAAUUUGAAAUAGCAAAAUUCAAUACAAUGAAUUAUAUCCAAAGCAAGUAUGGUAUUUAGGACGUGCCUUCCUGAUUGUGCUGUCUGUUGCCUUUAUUUUAAAAUGGGAUCGCCCUGGUUCCGAUUUUUGCAGCUUCAUUAACACGACAUGAGCAAACCUUUGAGCCUGCCAUCUCACGGCUGCUUUUCAGGCCGGUUUUCCAUAGAUAUUCAGAAAAUAAAAAUAAUCCGAAAUGGCACUGCGAUAGUCACUUAACUUCACGUGUGUUGCCCAAUCAUUGAUGUAAAUCUGUCGCGGCAAAAAAUAUCUACAUUUUUUCAUUUGUUUUAUUACAUUGUACGUACAGAAGAUUACGGCUGUCUGACAACGUAUUUCACUGAUUGAUAUGAUGAUUCAGCGGAAACAAUUUUCUUCAUUAGUUCCUUUGCCUUUCGCUAAGUUUUCAGAUCGCUUCAUGCUUCUUUUUCACGACCGCAAUCUCAUAGCAUUAGAAAGAAAUGCACUUUCGUUCAGAACUAUCGAUAUUUUUUUCGAGAUUUCCUUGGAUCCCGAGUAUUUUCCCGGGUUCUUCUUGUUAACACUAACUUGAACCAAAAUUAGACUAUUUUUAUUGUUAUUACAUUAGUUUGCCUACUUCAUUAACUCAAUUUUAGUGUAUAUUAAUUAACAUGCGAAUAACGCAUGUAUUCAUGCUCCCUUUUGCGUAUUAUUUCCGCGUGUUGUUUUGUUAGCCGUUGCGUUUUGCCGUUAGACGGUAAGUAUGUUCCUUGUGCUGCACAAUUGCCCUGUAAACUGUCUUCGCUAAGUGUAAGUUCUUCUUGUUUUGCUCUUGUACGCGAGUUCGACCUGUAACUGCCUGGCUUCGAUGUACAACAGGAUUGGCGAACUCUAUUAUUUGUGAAUAAAUAUUGUCUGUCUACGGCCCGAAGGGCGUACAGCGGUGAUGUUAGUUCACCUCUGCUAUAGAAUAUUGUAGAGAAUUUAUUUGAGUUAGUGCUAAGUUUACGGUAAUGUCUGCGUUUUGAUGACACAAUGACGCUAUAAUAUAAGCGUUAUUGAUAGAUGUGGAGAUAUGGGUGGACUUGCUGUAAACUUUAAUUUGGCAGUUUAAAUAUGUUGUCUCACGACUGGUGUUUGCUUAAUGCGAUAUGUAGAACUGUUUCAACCGAUCUUCCUGUUCCCUAAAUUUUACAGUUCUAGUAACAUUUCCAUAUCGCUGACACGAUUAAUGCGUCGGUUUCUCGCUGCUCAUCUAUUUCGUUUGGUAGUCAAUUCAAACGUACGCUGACAUUUUUUCUAUGUCAGGGAAGUACAUUUAUCGUGUAAAUGCAUCGUAUAUAUGAUAUCUCUUGAGAUCUGAAACGUUCGCUGCGAGAAUUUUAGAUUUGUAGCUUAUAGUGAGAGAUCUAGUGCGUUUGUUCUUAAAAAAACGUCGUUUAUUUAGUGCGAGCGGAACGCAACGUUCAGUCUCGAUGCUUACUUCGUAUGUUCAAUAAAUGCUAUAGAAA